AUGGCGCAGUCGCCGACCCUCCCCAUGGAGGAAACUCCAGACCAGCAAGAUCCUACACAUGCAAAUAACGCAAGUAAUAGAGAGAGACAACGGCCAAAAUCCAGAGGCUCGACAACUAGCCUACAGUCCAUCGGCGUGGGUAGCGCCUUCCAACCACCUGCGCAUACACACCACCCACAACAACAACAACAACAACCACCACCACCAGACGAGCCGAACAUGCCUUUAGACCAAAACACCUUCUUCAUGCAACAUGGCACUCACCCCGCUGCUGGCAUGUAUGGUCCUAACCCUGAAGAUAUGCUCAUGCAUUACCAACACAAUAUGCCACCGCAUCUUCAUCAACAACCGAUAGACCCCAACACAGGAAUGCCGCAACAUGAGAUGCGUCCCAUGUCACAACAUGCAUUCCAGGAGAUGCAGCACUACCCUAUGCAGUAUCCUCACGGCUUGCCGCCAUAUGCUGUCGCUCCUCAACAUUUGCAUCAUAUGCGGCAUCAUUCUGAACAGUUCGAAGGCUCACCUGCGCCGGAAGAUUCAAACAACGAGAAUGGCGGGGCCAAGAGAAGAAAGGGUACGGCUUCCAGCGUGGCUAACGACCAAGAGCUGCGGCGACUACUAGCACAGUACCAGGGCAAAAGUCUCAAGGAAGUUGCCGUGGAGGUUCAAAAGAAUGAAGGUGCUGGGGGCAAAUCUGAAAAAGCAAAACAAGUGUUUGCUAUGCUUUGGCUCCAAGAAAACUGUCAACGUUCUUCAAACUCCGUGCGUCGCGACCGCGUAUUUACGAGAUACACGGAGCGCUGUGGUAAUGAGCGAGUUCCGACACUGAACCCAGCGUCGUUCGGGAAACUAGUCCGCAUCAUCUUUCCCAAUGUCCAGACCAGAAGAUUAGGAGUUCGAGGCGAAUCGAAAUAUCACUACGUGGAUCUAUCGCUAAUCAUGGAUGAUGAUGAUCGACAAUAUGCUCUUGUACCUGAACGGCCUGGAACAUCAAGCGGCAACCAGCAUGAAAGACACGGAUCAGUCCAGGAGGCAAACAAAAUAUUCAAGGCCAACGUGACUCCUCCUAUCGAUCGUCCUAUGUCACGAGCAACCAUGGAGACAGCCGACUUCCCUGCCCCGAGUGCUGCGUUCUUGUCCAAGGAAGCUGACGUCGCUGAGGAUGAGACGCCAGUGUCUGUAGAGUCUCAGGCUGAGCGGCUGGAUUGCAAGUAUAUCAACACGCCAACCAUCCGCUUCCCCGUCAAGUCCAUGCCUACGAAUGUCGUCGUUGCGCUUCCUUCAAUUCGUCAACAUCUCCCAGCUAGCAUGGCGACUUACCUGGGUAUGCCAACACUCAAUUCACUUUCUCAGCCGUCUACUUCGUCCCAAGAUACACCUAUUGACUUUCCCGAUAUCCAUCCUUACCUCGAGGGAGAGAAUUAUGACGCGUCGAUCGCCAAGGCCUUGUUCCAUCUCUACCGUUCAUACUGCAUCGAUGUCAUUGAUGCCUUUCGCAAAUGCAAGGAGAAGCCGUUCUUCAACCACCACUCUGCUUUCAAUGGGAAGAUGACUGUUCCGGUCUCCAAGUUGUUUUCGAUGCCCUGCUUGGCUCCAUGGAUCCAGGAGUGCGAUAUGCGCAUGUAUAAGCAGAUUGUCCGAUUCAUUGCUCCUUUAGCAAUACAGAAUGUGCCCGAGGUUGUUUGGAAUGUGUUCGACCGCAUCGGAUCGCGCCUGGUUAGCCACCUCAUCUCGGCAUUUGAAGAAAAAUGCCCUGUUCACGUUAUUGUCGCGAAGAUCGUUCCUGCAGCCAGGUUUGUGCACGUGCUGAAGAAGCUCAAGGGCGCCAACGCGGCUACGUUACAACUGAGUCGAAUGCUUGAAGACCCCCAACAGAGAACUCAGAUGUGGCUUGAUCUGAUGUCCAUUGUUGAUCCCGAUCGUCUACUAGAGGAUAGCAUGCCCCCACCCGAAAGUCUCGAGAAGAUGCUGGGCAUGUUGAAGCACGACAUGAGGCCUCUUAUUAAUCCCAUCGAUGACGCAUUGGUCCACGCAGCGGAAGAAGACCCAGCUAGCGCAUAUGCAACUUUUAUUAACGACAGUGCCGACCCUUGCGACGGCAUCCUGCUCCCAGAGUCCAGCGACGCACCUACUUCUUUGCUCGAGCGGUGGAUCAGUUGGCUGGAGCGAUUGCCCCAACUUUUCGACGGCCACCACCCUCAAUGCAUGAUCAACUGGCACACAAGGCUGUGGAGGAGUGUCAUGAUGCAAAUGGGACAAGGUGGUGCUCACAGCUAUCAAUCAUGGUGGUUCGUGGAGUCGUUCACCACGCAAAUGCUCGACUGGAUGACGCAGAUGGAAGGAUUGCUCAUGGACUCGCAGAGUCAGAAGCUUGCAGACGAGAGAGAGCGGGAGAAGCGUGAGGAGGCUCAAACUCAACCGGGCGUACCUCUCCAUGGCACGAAGAGAAAGAGGGCGGUCCAGGAUGUUGACGCAAACGGCGAUGCUCCAGCUGGACCCGAUUCACGCAAGUCAGUAAAACUGGAAAUGGCUCCGGGCCGUUCACCUACCCUUCCAGUGGCCAGCGUCGAGCAGCAAGCGGGUCAGGAGAUUGAUGACGACGAAACCGACGCGGAGCUUGAUGAACUACGACGCGGUGGCCCUUUAGACCUGCCUAGUUUUCAUACCGGCCUCAGCAGUCCAGUCAAGCACCGCGCCCCUGGCAAUCAUGACGACAGUGGGAUUGACCUUGGGCUCGAUGUCGACAUCGAAGCAGAGAAAGAGGCCAGAAAGUUCAACAAGAGAGACUGGCUUCUCAGCAGCGAUCCGGCCGACCCAGCCAUGGGUCUGGUCGUAUUGGCCUAA